AUGUGUGACAGCAAAGAUAAAGUGGUAUCAACAGAAAGCGAGAGUUCUGUAACAUUUCCAGAGAACUUACAUGAUAAGGGGAGUCAAACAAACGUUGUAUCCAGUGAUACAGAAAAAGCUGAGAAACCAGAAAAACAAGAAUUGAAAUUAUUGAGAAAAGGCCUUCUUGAUGGACCGGUUAUAAUGGAUGGUAAGCGACAGCGUCAUGCAGUUGAUCGACUUCAUAUUAAUCCUUCUCAUUCAUUAGAUUCCAAAAAGUCGUCUGUUAGAAUCGUUGGAUCAGGGACUUGUCUUGGUGACAUCGAAUUUGUAAGAGCUGGUAUUUCCAAAGCGCGAAAUGAUACAUUGAAACGACUUCAUAACAUGUGUUAUGGCUCUCCGGGCACUACAACAUCUAGAAGAAGAAAUUUGAAGAAAUUUAAUGGAUUUGCAUUUGAUGAAAAAAGUGUGGAUUUUGAAAAAAAAAAGAUAAAAGCAAUGAAGAUUACCAACAACGAACUGACUGCAGUUGCAAGAAUUUUGGGUCUAGGCAAGAACUACACGAAGAAUGCUUUGGUGAUGAGUAUUCUUCGUUUUCUACAAAAACCUGAAGAUAAAGGUAGGAAAUUUAUGUCAUCCAAAAGACAAAAGAGGUCCAGAAAAUCAUCGGGAAAAAUCACGAGAAAAAAACUGAUAGGAAAAGGAGAUGAGAAGAAUGUAUUAACUGUUAAGAAGUUGUCAUUGAAAGACUCAAGCAAAGAUGCCGUUGCUAAUAGAAGCAGUUUUAACCUGGACAUUGAUGCAGUAGAAAUCAAAAAAUCGACAUCAAGUAAUGCAAAAGAAACAAAAUUAGAAGCGAGUGAGAGUGAAAGUAAAACAAAAGUAGAGUCAAGUAAGGAUACAAAAGAAUCAGAAUCAAGAACAGUGCAAUAUUCGGAAAAAAUGGAAAUUUCAGAUUCGUCAUUUGCUUCUGCUCCUGAAACCAGUGUGACAGAGAAACAGCAAAGUUGGGGGAUCGGCGGUCCUUCAAAUGAAGAAGUAGAGGCUGCUAUCAGCAAUACACUUAAUUCUACAGAUCUUUCAAACUGUACAAUGAAUCAGAUGUAUGAAAGGGCUACACCAAAUAUGUUGCCUAUUGUAAUACGUUGUGAAAUCAAAGAUGUCAUUUUUUCGAGAAUACCUGACUUCUAUUACCAUCACUGUAAUUACCUAGCAAAUGCAUAUUGUAGUCAGGCUUUCCAGAUUGCUGAAAGAUUUCCAAAUUUGGAUAUGGCAACAUAUAAAAGUGCGAUAAAGAAUCGCGUGAAGGCUGUCUUGGAAAAGUUGGAUGAACCAUGA